AUGUCUGUGUCACUAGACUGUCUUCAUACUAAACAACACAUGGACGAAUACGCUACUCCUCGCGAUCGGGAGGAUCGACGCCGCGUUGGUUCGCCCCCCGCAAACAUUGAUCGCUAUGUUCCCGGUCAGGAAGCUGCCACUCCACAGCAGCCAUUGACCAAUCCAGUACCUGACCCUAUCAAGCUUCCCUAUCAGGUUGGCUUCUCAUAUUUUGGCGAAUGGUGGAGGGCCAACGAGAAGAUAAAGGAGGAGAAGGAGCGUCAGAAGUCAGGACGACGCCGAGAGGAGCGACCUCGCGGGCCAUUGUCACAGGAAGAUCGUGACAAGGAGAAGGCCAAGAUUCAGGUUGCCUACGAUGCAUACAAAGAAGAUUUACAAGCAAAGAUGGCCAAGACAUUCGUUCAGCAGCAUAAAGAUGAACAAUGGUUCCGUGAGCGAUAUGUCCCCGAGAUCCGAGAUCCCUUGAAGAGGCAACUCAAUGAGUUCCGUCGAGGGGGUUAUACCCAAUGGGAGCAAGAUCUUGAGGCUGGCACUUUCGAUGACUUUACCCUCGAGGGCAUCCCUAAGAGCGAGAGCAAUGGGGCGGGUGGCGUCGUCGAAAAGGAAGAGGGCGAGGCGACGGCAGCCAAUGAGGUGCUCGGCGUUGGAGAUCUGGUUCCGGCCAAUAGUGCUGAUAUUCGAGACGAGAAUCUUUUCCAGCCCACACUCCUCAUUAAGACGAUUGCUCCUAGUGUGAGCCGUCAGAACCUAGAGGCCUUUUGUAAAGAGCAUCUAGGUGAGGAGGAGGGCGGCUUCAAGUGGCUCUCCCUCAGUGACCCCAACCCAAGCAAGAGAUUUCACCGGAUCGGAUGGAUCAUGCUACAUCCAGCCGCCGAAACUGCUGCCAUCGUAGAUCGCUCAGAUGGCAAGGAGGAUGACGAUGGUGAUGUGACGAUAAAGUCGCCCGUCCCUGUCUCCACAGCUGAGAAGGCUCUCGAAGCUAUUAAUAGUAAGACUGUCAAGGAUGAGGUGCGUGGGGACUUCGUUUGCCACGUCGGCGUCCACAACCCUCCGUCAAAUCCCCGCAAGAAGGCUCUGUGGGAUUUAUUCUCUGCUCCAGAGCGUAUUGAUAAAGAUCUCAACUUGGUGCAGAAGCUGGUUAAUAAAUUCGAGGAGGAUUUCGGCUCAGACUUCAACGCAACCCUUAAGGUGGAGGAACGCGUCGAGGACUUGAAGAAUUCGGGUCGUCUGCAGCCUCCGGUCACUGCCGCUGCGCCGAAGAAGUCUAAGAAGGAGCGUGUGAUCAAUCUUGAUGAAGCUAUGGAUGAAGGCGAAGAACCCGAACCAAUGGAAGACGACGAGGACGAUGAAGACGAAGGAAUGGUAGACGACGAAGUGGAUGAUGAGGAGCUCCUUGUCAAAAAGAAGCAACUCGAUCUUUUGAUCGAGUACCUUCGCCGCGUCUUCAACUUCUGUUUCUUCUGCGUCUUCGAAAGCGACUCUAUCCAUGAGCUGACACGCAAGUGUCCUGGUGGUCAUUUGCGUCGCCCCAGGAGCACUCUAUCCUCCUCCGCCAAAGCUGUCGCUCGUGCCAGCGCCUCAGGGGAGCCUUUCCCCAGCAAGAAGCGCACCGAGUCCACCACGGAUCUCGAGGAAGGCGAAACUGCUGAGCCGGACCGGAAAUUCCGCGGCACAUCUUCGAAGACCGAGCAACAGCUGCAGCGGGCUUACAAUUGGGUCAGAACCUUUGAAGAGAAAAUUGCCCAGAUCUUGGAGCCCGACUCGGUCGACCUCCGCAAGCUAGGCGGUAAACCAGUGGAGGAGGCUCUCAACGACGAGCUUCUCAAGUAUGUGAAGCAGGAGGACGAGCACAAAUGGAGGUGCAAAGCCCCUGAAUGCACCAAGUUGUUCAAGGAAGAGCAUUUCUGGAAGAAGCAUGUAGAGAAGCGUCAUGCGGACUGGGUUGAAAAGCUCAAAGAAGAGUUUGAGCUUGUCAAUGCCUACAUCAUGGAUCCGGCUCAUAUCGCGCCUUCUAGGACGGAUGCCAACUCUAAUGGACAUUUCCCACCCGCAAAUGGCCAGACGCCAAGUGGCACCCCUCGUGGGUUCAACCUACAGAGUUACACCAUGAAUAACAUGAUGGCUCUUCCGGGCUUCCCACCGAUGCCUGGCUUCCCGAACAUGUUCGGAGCCGCCAUGCAGAAUCCUGCUGGCUGGCACGCACCGGGUGCUGAUGAUCGCGGCGCAGGACCCAUCCGCCGCGGUGGAGCGAUGGGCGGACCUGGUGGCCGGUUCAAUAACCGUGCUGGCCCCUACGAUCGACGCAAUGGACCGCGCUGGGGUGCUGAGGGCAUGCCGAACGGCAUGAUGGGCGGCCGAGGCCGGGGUGGUGGAGGUGCCGGACGCUGGGGUGAUGGCGCCGGCGGCGGAGCAGCCGUCGGACCUCGAGAGGCCAUUCAGGGCCGCACUCUCAAGAGUUACGAGGACCUUGACCAGGUCUCUGGAGGAGGUUCUGGUGAGCUGAAUUACUAA